AUGAACAUCGGCAAAAGAUUUGACCGCAUGAAGCAAUGGACGGACGAGAGAAUGGGCAAGGAGAUCAAGACUGCUGCAUCCGACGAAUUCAAGGCUCUUGAGCUUGAGAUGCAGUUGAGACACGAAGGCAUGGAGCGUCUGCAAAGAAGUAUGACGACGUACGUCAAGUCUCUGUCCAAGACCAAGGAAGCAGAAGAUAAGGAGAAGACGCUACCUAUUGCCUACCUCGGAUCGACCAUGGCCAGCCACGGAGACGACUUUGAGCCCGACUCGGAGUUUGGACAGUGCCUCUCGGCGCUUGGAAGAGCCAACGAGAGAAUUGCUCGCAUGCAGGAGAGCUAUGUCUCGAACGCUACAAACAGCUGGCUCGAGUCGGUUGAGAGAUCCCUGGCUCAGAUGAAAGAGUAUCAGACUGCCCGCAAGAGACUCGAGACCCGCCGCCUCGCUUACGAUACCUCGAUGAACAAACUACAAAGGGCAAAGAAAGACGAUUUUGCCCUGGAAGAGUCUGCACGAUCACAAAAAGCAAAGUACGAUGAGUCGAGCGACGACGUACAGCGCAGGAUGCUGGAUAUCAAGGAAGCAGAAGUUGACAGCAUAAACGACCUAUCGACCUUCCUAGAUGCCGAGUUAGCAUACUAUGACAGAGCACGAGAGAUCCUCAUGCAGUGCAAGAGAGACUGGCCCGCCCCCUCUGGUAACGCUGGCGCUGGUUUGGCUGUCCCAGGAAGCCGUGCUAGAGUUCCUAGAUCUCGCUCCAACACUGGCAACUCGGCAUCUUUCCGUCAAAUCGAUGAAGAUGAGCCAGUCCACGAUUUCCGCCCCCCGAUCCGCGCAAGAGCACCUUCUGGUACCAACUCUCCUCGACGUGAGCUACCUGGCUUCGAUCUCCCUGUUCGACCUUCUGCCCGUUUCGAGGGUCCUUCAAGUCUAAACUCUCGUGAACCAUCUCCUAUGUCCAUGCCUCGCCUGUCUCGAGUACCUACCGAUUCGUCCAUAUCCCUCAGGCAGGGAUUGAGACCUACCAAGCGUAAUGACAGCGCCAACUCGGACGUAUUCGGUGAUCAGGAUGACUAUACUUUGGACAACGACCGCUACGCCGAUGAACGUUCUGCUUCGCCGGCCUCAUACGGUGCAGCUCCUGCUUUCUCGCGCUCUGCCAGUUGGUCUCAGCAAGAUGGAGGACCUAAGAAACUCGCCCCGCCCCCGCCGCCACCUUCGAGAGCCAAGAAGCCUCCACCGCCGCCUCCCAUGAAGCGCAGCGCUUUGAGUUCGUCUGACGUGCCGCGACACUAUUAG